AUGGGGGAGCUGAGAUCCAGUUCAACUGCUUGCCAUUUGGAUCUUAACAACUUUGAGGCGUCCGGAGCAGAGAGGAGACGCUACGUUGAGUCCUGUGUCCAACUCGGUGUUAAACCAGUUCAAGUUUUAAUUAAAUCGCUGAACAAGUUAAUUGCGGAGCAGCAUGACGCGUCUUUUGGGGUGAUGAGAGUCAUGCAUGAAUCGUAUGAAAAAGAAAGAUCGAGGCAUCUGCAAAUGUACCACGAGGAACCGGAGAGGAUUAUCCAGGUGGCAGAGAGCAGGCGAUCCGACUGCAAAUCAGCCUCAGAGUUGGAAGGGUUGCCAGGCAAAAAAACGAAGGAUCAGUCAUCAGACAGACAAACAGGACCCAUCCUCUAUGCAGAUCUGUGCUUGAAAGGAAAAUCUGGAAGCAGGUCCACUCUUGCAGAUAAGAGAGACCCAGACAGGAGCACGGUCAGCAGCUUUAGUCUGGGAGACUUCAGACACUCUCCUGCUACUGAGAUAAAACUGCAGGAACUCACCAAAGAAAUAAACAAGAAGAUGUGUGUAACAAUACCCGAGAGAGAUCGUAAAAUAGCGGCUCUCAUGCUGGUGAAACAUCAGGUGGAGCAGGAUCGUCUGAAGCUUUCUCAGCAGGAGGACCAAAGGCGACAGGAGGCACGAAGGCUGGAGGAGGCCCAGCAGGCCCAAGCAGAGAAAAAGCAAAGGAGGAAGCUGAAGCAAAGUAUGAGAAGCUGGAACAGAGAACUGGAGGCCCGCAGGAGGCUUAGGGAGCACAAAGAGGAGCUGAAAGCAGGGCAGCUUGAGCAGGAGGUGCUGCUGCAGGAGGACCAUUGGAGGAGGCUGAAGGAGGAGGUGGAGGCACAACGCAGACAAAAGAUGGAAGUGGCACAGAAGGAGGCAGAGGAGCGCAAACACUACCAGGAGCGGGUGCUGAGAAAGAAAGAGGAGGUGGAAAAAAAGCUGAGGGAGAGGGAACGACAGGUAGCAGUGGAGAAGGAGGAAAGGGCAAGGAGGAGUAAGGUGAUGCUGGAAAAGCAUGAGCGGAAGAGGCUGCAGGAGGAGAAUAGGAGGGAGCUGCUACGUCACAUCCUGCUGAAAAAACAGGUGGAGCAGCAGGUCAAAGAAGAGGAGGAACAUAUGAGGAGCAACUUUGAGAGGAAGUUGCAACAUUCCUCUGAGAAACGAGCGCAGGCUGUAGAGGCCCGGCUGAGGGAGCUGCAGGAGCGCUCUGCUCAGGAGGAGGAGCAGAUUCAAAGAGCGCAGCUGAAGGCCAAACUGCAAAGCAUCCAGCAGCUGACACACAAACAGAUCCUGGUUCAACUGAGUCAGCGUCGCAUGGAGAGAGCCAGCCUGCACACCACAGCACAGCACAAGAAUACAGCUCAGCAGACACGUCUGCACAACAAACGCAGGCAGAUCUGCCAUCAGAGGCUGAAAGAAAAGAUACAGAGAGAGGAGGAGGCCAUGAUGAAGGUCAGAGAGAACUACAUCUCUAUGAAGGAGUGGAAGAGGGAGAGGCUGAGAAAGCAACGAGAGCAGAUUCAGGAGGAGGCGCAGAGGCUGGCUCGGGCCUCCUAUCACAUGAGGGAGAAAGUGAGGCAGCAGACACACACUCGAACCUUUGAUCAGAUGGCUCUGGAGGCUCAGCUGACAGCCUCCAUAAACCGCUUGAAACUAUGAAAGAGAUGCUUAUCUUCCAUUCCUUGUAAGAGGGAGACUCUGGAGUAUAGACACACUCAUCCAGUUAUUUAUUGUAGGAUCUGCAAACAGAGAGGUGGAUUUAAAAAUCUAUAAAACAAAUACAGAAAAAAAAUUCCUUAUUUCAGUUUCAUAGCAAGUAUAAGAAUAACUUUCAACUGAGAAACGAUACUGCUGGAAAAAUGUUGGCACCCAGAGUUAGACAAAGGC